CCCUAAAGUACAGGGUGUCCGCAAACGCAGCAUUUCUAACGAGCCGCUUCCUUCACUUCCCGGAAACACAAAGCUUCAUCCACCAAGAUGGCGACGCUGACAGUGAGCCGGGCUCCGUUCGCGGGUUUCAGUUUCGAAAACUGUAAAAGAAACGCAGUGUUGGAAGCUGAGGCCAACAAAGUGGGAUGCAGCCUGCCUGCUGCUCGCAAAACAGGAACUACCAUCUGUGGCGUGGUGUUCAAGGAUGGUGUCGUCCUCGGAGCUGACACCAGAGCCACUGAGGGCAUGGUCGUGGCAGACAAGAACUGCUCCAAGAUCCACUACAUCUCCCCCAACAUUUACUGUUGCGGAGCAGGAACAGCUGCAGACACAGAGAUGACCACUCAGAUCAUCUCCUCCAACCUGGAGCUGCAUGCCCUCUCCACAGGCAGGGUGCCACGUGUGGCCACCGCCAACCGCAUGCUCAAACAAAUGCUCUUCAGGUAUCAGGGCUACAUCGGGGCUGCUCUGGUCCUGGGUGGAAUGGACUGUAACGGUCCUCACCUCUACAGCAUCUACCCUCACGGCUCCACUGACAAGCUGCCCUACGUCACCAUGGGCUCUGGGUCUCUGGCUGCCAUGGCUGUGUUUGAGGACCGCUACAAGCCUGACAUGGGGGAGGAGGACGCCAAGCGGCUGGUGAGAGACGCCAUUGCUGCAGGUAUCUUUAAUGACCUGGGCUCCGGCAGCAACAUCGACCUGUGCGUUAUCACCAAGGGCAAGGUGGACUACAUCCGGCCCCAUGAUGAGGCUAACAAGAAGGGGGUUAGAACUGGUGAUUACAAGUACAAAAGAGGAACCACCGGUGUGCUGACGAAGGUGGUGACCCCGCUGGCCCUGGAGGUUGUGGAGGAAACCGUACAGACUAUGGAUACUUCCUAAAAUACUUGUACUGUGUGUUUCUUGAUGUAACCAUCUACCCUCAGAAGUUCUAACAACAAUAGCAUGUUUUUUCCAUGAUUUACAAUAAAAGUGUUCGAGUUGG